UCGGAGGCCGGCGGCCGGAGGCAGCCUCAGCGGUGGGGCACGUGGCGCGCCGUCCACGCCAUCCCACCACUGCAAGAGUCAUGUACCCCGUGGUGUGCAUUGAUGACCUGGAGCGGUCCGCCCUGGCCCGUCUGGACCAGAACGCCCUGGGCUACUACAGCAGCGGGGCCGACGGAGAGCAGACGCUGAGGGACAACAUCGCAGCGUUCCAGCGGUACCGCCUGCGUCCACGCUGCAUGGUGGACAUCUCCACCAUUGACCUCACACAGACGGUGCUGGGUCACCAGGUCAACAUGCCGAUCGGUGUGGCGCCGACAGCCAUGCAGAGGAUGGCGCACCCCGAAGGCGAGUGCGCCACCGCAAGAGCGGCGGAGCAGAUGGGAACCAUCUUCACUCUCAGCACCAUAUCCACCAGCAGCAUCGAGCAAGUGGCAGCGGCAGCUCCACGUGCCACCAAAUGGUUUCAGCUGUACGUCCUUAAGGACAGGGCGAUGACAGUGAGAAUGGUGCAGCGGGCGGAACGGGCCGGCUUCUCGGCCAUCGUGCUGACCGUGGACGCGCAGCUCUUCGGUAGACGGCUGGCCGACGCCAGGAACGGAUUCCAGAUGCCACCCCACCUCAGCAUGGCCAACUUCACCGAAGAGCUGAAGAACACUGUCAAGGGCUCAGGAGAGCAGGCUUCGGGCAUAAACAACUUUGUGCAGACCCUGUUCGACCCGUCACUGACGUGGGACGACCUCAGCUGGCUGUGCGGCGUCACCCGGCUGCCGGUGCUGGUCAAGGGCGUGAUGACGCCAGAGGACGCCGCCACCGCCGUCGACCGCGGCGCCAGCGGCGUCAUCGUCUCCAACCACGGCGGCCGCCAGCUGGACGGCUGCCUGGCGACGGUGGACGCGCUGGGCCCGGUGGUGGCCGCCGUCGGCCACCGCUGUCCCGUCUUCAUGGACGGCGGAGUGCGGCGCGGCACCGACGCGCUCAAGGCGCUGGCGCUGGGCGCGUGCAUGGUGUUCGUGGGCCGGCCGCUGCUUUGGGGCCUGGCGCACGACGGAGAGCGCGGCGCCCGGCUGGCGCUGCAGCUGCUGCACAGCGAGCUCCGACUGGCCAUGGGACUCUGCGGCGUCACGAAGGUGGCUGAUGUAACCGAAAAGGUUAUCGAGAAAUCGGAGCGAUCGCACCUGUGACGCACGAGGCUCAAGAAGCAUCCAAAGUAACCGAGAAGGUUCUCGAGAAAUCGGAGCGAUCGCAACUGUGACGCAAGAGGCUCAAGAAGCGUCCAAAGUAAGUAAGUAAAUAAGAAAAGGUUCUCGAGAAAGUCUUACAAAAGAAAAGUCUUAACAAGACAUGUACCGCAUUUUACGGGACGGGAUAGUGGCAGAUGGUUCGACAAUAAAACGGUGCUUUUCUAAACGUGUUUCAAAGCCUGCAUAGUCGAAACGUGCGCGUCACGCGUGGCAACAGAGCUACGGCCAACCCAGAGGCACCGGCCAGAUCCUUACGUUACGCAAAUACCGCCCCAGCAAAAACAGCCCACGGGACGCAGACCCUUUUUCCUACCGAUUGCGU